CAGUUAGCACUUCCUCCGCCUUUGAAUAUCUUAAAAUUAGGGGCUUAUCGUGGAAUUCAGGAAUGCAGAAAUCAGUUUGAGAAUGAUAGCUCCUGGUGGAACUGUACAUUUGACUGGAAACGCGUUGAUCGACAGUUGCCCAUUUUUUUCAACAACACACUUCCUCAUGGUAAGAAUAUUUUUGUAUACUUGUGAUAUCUCUGGAAGGGGGGGAAGGGCUGGGAAGGCGGAGGGAGACACUCAAGGGAAAUUUGAGUAGAGGUUUAUGGCCGAGGCCUUCAAACCCUGCAGACCGUGUUAAAUACAAAAAUCGUUCAUUUCGCCUCCUUGUUCAAGACAAGAGAGAUCAUUUUACGACGGUCAUGAUUCAUUUUGUUUUCCAACAAGAUGGAUUUUUUUUUCAGCCAGAAUAAUGGAAUUUGAUUGUUUAGGAAAAAACAUCUUUGGUACCACAAAUUUAGACCAUUCAUCGUGACCCUUCUGUCCAAAAAGACACCCUUUCCAAGACGCUAAAUAGUGAAAUUUUAUGCCAGCCCUGUUUGAGAUUCCUUAUGAUGGACUAGCAUGCAAUUGAGAACAAGUUUAUCAAAUACCUCCACUGGUAAUUCAUUUUCAUCUAUGCGGGCCAGGGGGGUCCUUUCCGUCUUAGCUCAUAAUUAAAGGACAAUAAAAGUCUCAUGACCGUAUACCUCUAUCAUCGUCAUCAUCUUCAUCAUGUACAAUCAAACUCUUGGAGCGGGUUACCAGUAACCGAGGGUCACAAGGGUCUGGCCAUCUCUCAAAUCUCAAGAACUCCUGGUAAUAUUGGACGCCUUCGAUGUUGCCGUACCAGUACCGUACUAUUCACACUAGAGACGGAUAAUUCAUCUUUUAAAUCAGUCAAAAUUGACGGCCAAAAAAAAUGAAUAAAGUCAGGCGGAUUGUCCAUCUAAAAUUAAGACCAUUCCAUUUUAAAUUAAGACGUACAAUAUGUCUGACACGAAUUAUCCAAGGGAUAACCAGUCUCAGACGGAUAAUCCGUUCCUAGUGUGAGUACAGCCAUUCUUGCAGUUCAAGGUAAUGGCGUUUUCUCUGCACGUGCCCUGGUCGUAUCCUUCUACCAAUAUGCUGACGUGACCUAUUCAAAUUGCCCCCAAAUUGCAAAUUCCAAAUGUUUCUUUAUUGUUUUCAGUGCUAAUAAAUUUUUUUGUCACCCAAUUUCGAAGCCAGUCUCUGCAGUCAAACCUCUCGGGAGCGACUAGCCAGAAUGCGAAGAUUUAGUGGUCGCCUACGGGAAUCGAACCACCAAAGUUCCCUUCCCGGAAGAGGACCGAUCACAGCUACAUUUUUUAAUAGAAUUCACUGCAUGAAGUUACGAUAUGUGUUGCCAGUUUCAUGCAGAAGGACGAUUCCUUUGGACUUAAGAAGAUUCGCCCAAUGACAUACAACACUCUAGAACAUGGUGAACCUACUUCUCCAAGAUGUUACUUUAGUUAAACUUGGAUUCCACAUAUACAGCCACUGUCUUUCCAUGUUCUCAGGCUCAAAGAACGACAAAUACACAUCGGGCGAACCGACCUUCGGACGAAACGACCACAUACCUCUCUUAGUAGUUUAGUACAUAGAGCGGGCAUAGAGAUCUACCAUAUCCAAGUUUUCGCUAACAGGAAGAUAAAAUCAACGGUGAAAUAACAGUGAAGCCCUUGUAAUUUCGAAAAGACUCAAGUUGCCCUAGGAUGACCGAACAGAUGCAAAUUUUAUAGCGACACUUGAAUGCAUUUAUAGAGAUCUAAAAGUGUUGUGGAUAGUCUAAAAGGUGUUUUCAACGUAUUAAGGAGGAAACCGGUGCCGCGCCCCCCUCUUUGGACGACGGCCGUAGAUUUGCCGAUAAUUUUAGAUGCAAUUAACAUGUUACGAAAGUAAGAACUUUUCUGAUUCCUCUCUCCAUCACAUUUUUGAAUCCGAACAUUUUAAGUUUCUUUUUUCAGUCGAAAAAUAGCCAAACCUGGGCAGUCAAUUGUGAAAAAUUAAACUUAAAAACAUUUAUUAGAUAAGCUUCGAAAAUUUUACGUGAAUGGAACGGUCAUCUAGAAGUUUUUAGCCGUCCUGAAGUGAUAGAAAAUUCUAGGCAAUUUUUCCUUCUCCGAACAGAUAUUUUACGGAAAACAGUCGUUGGGUGCUCCUGGAAGUUGGUGGUAAUGGCGAUUCCGAUAUGAUUUGGUCUGUAAUUUGCUUGCUUAUGUACGUUGUCAGUCAUUUUAUAGAUGUCCGUAGACAGUAGAUACGUACGAUUUUGUUAUGAACUGAUCAGAAUGUUAACUAUGACGUUACUAAUAAAAGUACGCCUUUCUCAAUUUCUUUGUUUUUUUUGGUUACUGUUAUUUAAAGGGAUAAAGUCUCUAAAAAUUCUUCUGUUUUUGCCCACAGCCAUUAAUUGGAAGGGGACAAUUCGAAAGUUCUUUUCUUCUUCUUUAAUCUAUAUAACCACAUUUUAUUUAUUUACUAAUUUAUAUUUAUAACCUUUGAAAGGAGUACAAUAAAAUUCCUAUCUAUGAACGUCUCAGACGGAUAAUCCGUUCCUAGUGUGAGUACAGCCAUUCUUGCAGUUCAAGGUAAUGCCGUUUUCUCUGCACGUGCCCUGGUCGUAUCCUUCUACCAAUAUGCUGACGUGACCUAUUCAAAUUGCCCCCAAAUUGCAAAGCUCCUAAAACAACCAGUAUUACCUCCACUUUUCGCAUAGCCCUCUUUGAGUUAACUCUGCAGUCAGCGGGUACGGCAACAUCGAUUAUCUUAAGGCAGACUCUAUCCUCCUUCCCCACAACGAUAAUACCCGGUCUUCUAGACUCUAUAUAUUACAUGGUCGCACUGUAUGUUGAAAUCCCACAACACUUUAAAUCUUAUCCGUCUCCAACACUUUUGGAAUCCCUCCAUUUCUUGCAUUUGCUUACAGCCACUCCAGAGACAGCCUUUCUCCACGCCAUCAGCGCCGCCGCCAUUACUUACGAAUUGACCCUUAAAUGCCGGUAUAACAUAGUGGGAUGCUAUUGUGUGAGACGUCGAGUAUCUAAUAGUUUUUUGGGGCAGUUAGGAUGUGGAGAUAAUGUUGAGUAUGGAAUGGACCAGACAAGGCUAUUUUUCGACGAACUAGAAACUGGAAUCGACGCUCGGACAGCAGUGAACAGGCAUAACAACCGAGUAGGAAGAGAGGUACGGUAGUUGUAGUUUCAAGACAGUCUGUCGUCCUAUAUAAGGGAAUUCGGAUUCCGGAAUUAGGGAAAUUUUUGCUUGUGGAAUCCGGAAUGCGCCGACAAUUUGCUUAUGGAAUCCGGAAUCCUGGGACUUUGAAAUCCUGAAUACAGCUCUAGGAAUCCGGAAUCCCACUAACGACUGGAAUCAAGAAUCCAUGUUCCACUGACAAAGACGGGAAUCCAGUACCUGGAAUCCAGAAUCCAAGACUGUCUUCAAAUCCCAUGGUAGCACGAGACUUCCAGUCGUUUUCUCCGUUGCUGAGAGGAGGAAACGACUGGAAGUAAUCGUCUAAAAUUCAGGCUACUUACAUGGACUACAUGGGGGGAAGUCUGGGGAAACGAUUUUAAAGGGAACCUCCACUCUUACUACAGAAUAAGAUUAAAUCGAAUAAAAUUAUGUUGAUAAACAAAUUUGUUUGAAAUUUGUCCUUAAAAAAAGUGUUUAGAUCAGGAAAAGUGAAUUUUAAAAUCGCUUAUGUUCACUUUCAAAUUUCGCGGGCGCCGCCAUCUUGAAGAAUUGUGACGUGUUAUGGUUGCUGUAUUGUUCUGACACAAAGAGCUUUUGUUUAAUAAUAAUAGGGCAACCGUAACACGUCACAAUUAUUCAAGAUGGCGACGCCCGCAAAAUUUGAAAACAAAAAUAGGCGAAUCUAAAAGUUAUUUCUUUCGGAUACAAACGCUUUCUUUAAAAAUAUUUUAGAUUGACUUGACUGUAACAGUUAUUACCUGCUGUGAUUUAAAGUUAUCUUUUUGUUGAAGUGGAGGUUCCCUUUAAAACAGCUUGUUCAACGGGAACAGGACACUUUUUCAGCCGGCGGAAAAUUUGUGCGGCGUCGUAUGAAUGUAGCCUUAAUGUCAUUCAGAAGCUGUCUUCCUCUUUCAAGGCACAUCUUGGCGUGAACCAAAUAUGGUGACAGUCAUAUGCUAUAAUUACGGGAUAUAUCGUAGUUGGGGGCAUGUGUUCUAAUCAUUUUAAACUUUUCUAUUUAACUGCAGCGUCAUUUAAAAGGAUGCAACUCUUUCCCUUUACAGAUAGUCCGAUCUAGUCUUAUUGCCUGGUGUAAAUGCCAUGGCUUCGGUGGAGCAUGCCAUGUGAAGACCUGCUGGAAGAUACUGCCUCCUUUUCAAGACAUCGGGAAAGUGCUAAAGAAAAAAUACAGCGACGCUGUGCCGGUCUGGUUUGUGGGUAACAGGCUAAUGGAGAAGAUUGACGAUAAUAUGAGGGUCAUCAAAAAAGAGGACACAAGGCUUGUUUAUCUUGAUCCCUCCUCAAAAGGCUACCUCCAAAAUGACACCUUGACCCCGCCAAAUAGUGAAAUGUUUCGGAAAAAGUCGUGUACCAGCAAAAAUAGCGCCAAAACCAACUGUCAGUUUUUCAUGGCUUUGUGCAGCUAUUUUGGUCUGGGACAAGAAACAGUGAAGGAGUGUAAAAGGUAUAAGAGUACAGGUUUUUGUAGACGAAUGAAAACUUGCAAGAAAACAUAUUUUACCACAACUUGUUACCGUAAACCUCAGGGUUUAAAAACUAAUUAACAGGUUCUGUUUUUUGUUUUUUAUCCUUUUCCAAAUGUUUCUUUAUUGUUUUCAGUGCUAAUAAAUUUUUUUGCCACCCAAUUUCGAAGCCAGUUUCUACAGUCAAACCUCUCGGGAGCGACUAGCCAGAAUGCGAAGAUUUAGUGGUCGCCUACGGGAAUCGAACCACCAAAGUUCCCUUCCCGGAAGAGGACCGAUCACAGCUACAUUUUUGAAUAGAAUUCACCGCAUGAAGUUACGAUAUGUGUUGCCGGUUUCAUGCAGAAGGACGAUUCGCUUGGACUUAAGAAGAUUCGCCCAAUGACAUACAACACUCUACAAAAUGGUGAACCUACUUCUCCAAGAUGUUACUUUAGUUAAACUUGGAUUCCACAUAUACAGCCACUGUCUUUCCAUGUUCUCAGGCUCAAAGAACGACAAAUACACAUCGGGCGAACCGACCUUCGGACGAAACGACCACAUACCUCUCUUAGUAGUUUAGUACAUAGAGCGGGCAUAGAGAUCUACCAUGUCCAAGUUUUCGCUAACAGGAAGAUAAAAUCAACGGUGAAAUCACAGUGAAGCCCUUGUAAUUUCGAAAAGACUCAAGUUGCCCUAGGAUGACCGAACAGAUGCAAAUUUUAUAGCGACACUUGAAUGCAUUUAUAGAGAUCUAAAAGUGUUGUGGAUAGUCUAAAAGGUGUUUUCAAUGUAUUAAGGAGGAAACCGGUGCCGCGCCCCCCUCUUUGGACGACGGCCGUAGAUUUGCCGAUAAUUUUAGAUGCAAUUAACAUGUUACGAAAGUAAGAACUUUUCUGAUUCCUCUCUCCAUCACAUUUUUGAAUCCGAACAUUUUAAGUUUCUUUUUUCAGACGAAAAAUAGCCAAACCUGGGCAGUCAAUUGUGAAAAAUUAA